CUCGAGCCGUCCGCUUCUCCGACACCUGCAACACCGCGCGCGGAUGCACCUGCAGCUACCGAUCAUGGCACUUGUGUUGUCGCUCUGCGCAUUCGUCCUCUCGUCUCGCUCCAGUGGUGUCUGUGUCCAGCUUUCACCCUCCGUGUGUCUCUGAGAGGAACCAUGCUGUCGGGAAGCUGGCGCCGUGGAACCGUCAUCUCGUCCGCGAGCGGCCCGGGUGCGUUUAAAGGCGGGUCGAGGUCCAGGCUGAGCAGUACUGUGGUUCUGGAGGCUCAGUAUGAUUACUCGUACCGCGCCGUCGACGGCCGUCUGGUCUCCAUACACGAGGGCGAGCGCUUUCUGCUGCUGAAGAAGACCAAUGCUGACUGGUGGCAGGCGCGGAGGAUCGGGGUCGGCGCGAAGGUCAAACCCAUUUAUGUGCCGGCGACGUACGUCAUUGAGCUGCCUAUCAGCCAAUCAGCAUCAGAGAGCUUCAAGAUGAUUCCACGAGGUUCCCUCACACACUGCAUGCAAACGCACGGCUCAGAGUAA